AUGGCCGUCCCCAAGGCUGCCGCGCGAGGCGCCUUCAUCCUCUUCGAGGGCGUCGACCGCUGCGGUAAGACCACCCAGUCCACCAAACUGGUCGAGUCCCUCAAGGCUGCCGGCGUCAACGCCGAGCUGUGGCGGUACCCCGACAGGACCACGGAGAUGGGCAAGAUGAUCAACGCGUACCUCCAAUCCUCCCUGGACAUGGACGACGGAGCCAUCCACCUGCUGUUCAGCGCCAACCGCUGGGAGAAACGCGCCGCCAUGGAGAAAGCCCUGGGCGACGGCGUCACACUCGUCGUGGACAGGUACUCCUACAGCGGCGUGGCGUUCACCGCCGCGAAGGAGGUCCCGGGCCUCGACCUCGAGUGGUGCAAGGCUCCCGAGCGAGGGCUGCUCCGGCCAGACGCCGUGCUCUACCUCGACAUGCCCGUCGACGCGGCCAAAACCAGGGGGGGGUUCGGGGAGGAACGAUACGAGACCGGCGAGCUGCAAGAGCGCGUGAGGACACACUUUCGUGUCUUGCGCGAGGACUGGUGGACGAUAAUCGACGCGAGCGGCACGAUCGACGACGUCCACUCAAAGUGCGCCGCCGCCGCCGACGAAGCCAUUCAGCGGUGCCGCGAGGGCGCCGAGCUCGCCAGGCUCUGGGACUGA